CCCAUCACUAAAGUUGUUUUAAUCUCAUGUGCUCUUGUACUCAUAUUUUUCUCUUAAACAACCAAAGCUAUUUGGUUUCACAAUUUUUGCAGGAAGAAGAAAAGUAAUGGACAGGCUCAUGUGAUGCAGUGGACCACUAUAAAUGUAGAAACAACUCAUAUAGUAAAUUGCAUUAACUUUGGUGGUGCUCCCUAGGACAUAAAAUAAUAAAAUAAAACAAAAAAUGGUGGUGGUGGAAUCACAAGGAACCUCGUAGUCACACAGAAUGGAGUGGCAGAUGAAGCAGGCCUCCAUCAAAUUAGCAACAUUUUCAACCUGCACACUCUACCGAGUCCCUAGAACCAAAAUAAGUACUGCAACAAUAUGGGGCUAAUGGAUUUCUUGAAACGUGAGGGUGUGGUUUACACGCCCGUGAAGGAUGUGGAUUUAGGCUCCCAUAGCAGAGAAUUCUACCUGCAAGCUAAUGUCAAAGCUCCCCGCAUGACUGGACUUUUGGUCAAGAUUUUCACUCAUCUAUUGGAGUGUCCAAUACUUGGAACCUUCCUACUGCUCAUAUUGAAGGGAAACAAUCUUAUUCACCGGCUUAUCACAAAUGCAGAGUUCCAAGAACCACCUCUCUUUGUUCCCUUGCAUGAUUUUGAAGACAUAAAAGAAAGAGAAGUCAAAUGCUUAGACUCUUCUUUGCCUCCACCGGAGAAAGUUCAUCUUGCACUAGAUUGUUUGCCAACAUCUUCACAGGAAACACUUGAUGGAACAAAUUCUUCGUUCUCCCGCUGGACAAUAAUGGAUUAUGCCAAAGCUUACCGCUCAGGGGACAUAACACCAAGCUUGGUUGCUGAACGGUUUAUUGCGGCUAUUGAUGAAUCCACAAAACCCUCUCUCCAGAUGGGAUUCUUUAUUCACUAUAGUGUUGAUGAUAUUCUUAGACAAGCUGCUGAAUCAACUCAUCGAUAUCGAAGAGGGGAACCAAUUUCAGUGUUAGACGGAGUUCCUGUUGCUAUCAAGGAUGAGAUAGACUGUUUGCCAUAUCCAACAACAGGAGGUACAACGUGGCUGCACAAAGAAAGGCCGUGUAACGAUGAUGCUUGCUGCGUUAAGCGUUUAAGGUUAUGUGGCGCCAUACUUGUUGGGAAAAGCAAUAUGCAUGAGCUUGGGUCUGGAACCAGUGGGAUAAAUCCACAUUAUGGGCCUGCUAGAAACCCCUAUGAUACCAGUAAGAUUGCAGGGGGUUCUUCCAGUGGAUCUGCUUCUCUGGUGUCUGCUGGACUGUGUCCUGUUUCCCUUGGUGUUGAUGGGGGAGGAUCUGUAAGGAUGCCAGCAUCUCUUUGCGGUGUUGUUGGUCUAAAACCAACUUUUGCACGUAUACCACAUGAUGGAGUUCUUCCCCUAAAUUGGACAGUUGGAAUGGUUGGAAUACUAGCAGGCACAGUUGAGGAUGCAUUGAUUGUUUAUGCAGCUAUCAGUGGUGAAAUUCCAUAUCAGAAGAUUUUCAGUGUAUUGACCAGCAUAAAUCUUCCACGACUGAGUUUGACAAAAGGCAUAUCUGACAUCAAAUUAGCAAAAUACGGCAAGUGGUUUGAUGAUUGCAGCAAUGAAGUCAGAAUAUGCUGCUCCAAAACUUUGCUCAAGCUUCAGGAUCAUUACAAUUGGAAGAUCAUAGACGUGACCAUACCAGAGAUAGAAGCAAUGCGCCUGGCUCACUAUAUAACAAUCGGAUCUGAGUCUUCCACUGCACUUGAUUCAUUUAAAGAAAAGAAUUUUGGAGAAUUAGGAUGGGAUGUAAGAGUAGCACAAAGCAUCUAUGGUGCUUUCAGCGGCAUGGAAUAUCUUAAAGCUCAGAAAAUGAGGAAUCGCCAACUUCAAUUUCACAAGAAAAUAUUUGCCGAGGCAGAUGUCAUUGUCUCACCAACAACUGGUGUGACUGCAUAUCCAAUUCAAGAUGAUGCUAUUCAGACAGGUGAACUUGACUACGUGAAUGGAGCUGCACUUGUUCGUUAUUCCAUAGCAGGAAAUUUUCUGGGACUUCCUGCUGUCACUGUUCCGGUUGGAUUUGACAGAUUAGGUUUGCCUAUUGGACUCCAGUUUAUUGGAAGGCCUUGGUCUGAAGCCACACUCAUUCAUUUGGCAUUUGCAGUGCAGGCUAUAUGCAUGUCAGAGUACAAAAAGCCGAAGGUUUACUAUGAUCUGCUGCGAAAGAAGAAUGAUAGCAAUGGCAUGUAGUUUGAAGCUAAAUAGUAUAGUUUGUCUCACCAAUUUUCUUUUACUGUCUUUCUGUUGUUGAAUUUCAUGUAUUAUAAUUACUAUAAAAUUUGAUGCCAUUGGUUUCAGGUGUCACUUUCUGCAUGUGUUAUAUAAUCCUUUGUCUUAGAUAUUAGUUUUA